CUUUCGAUUUCUAUGAUUUCAUUUUACUACAAGAAAUUCUCAUGAAACAACUUCGGAAAUUAGAGAAGUUAUGUCCUUGGCAACAAUAUAUUGUGCAGGUUCGAGGAGAAAAGGAUCAUCAGUACUCGUUGGUUUCGGUUUCCUCCUCGGUGCUUCAACUCUUAUCGUAACAAUAAUUUUUUUCAUGUUCCCAUCAUUUAUAAAUCCCAUGCUUCAAAAUAAUCUUCACAGAUUUUAACAAAAAAUUCCCUUCUCUUUUGAUAAUUCCAACACUACAACUACUACUAGCGUUACCAGAAAUGAUUUUUCUUCAAAUCCUUAUCAAGAGCUAAACGAAAGCUCAACCGCGCAGAAUCAAACAAUAACGGCUUCUUCUUCUCCAGAGUUAACAAAAGAAUUCACACAGACGGAUCGAACGAAAAGUGUAAACUACUCUAGUGUUGUUUACGGUGGUCCUCCAAAAGUUAAAGAAUUGGGCAUUCCACCUGGUAAUUUUUCUAGUAACAGUACAGCAGUAAGUUGUAUGAUGCGAAACCAGAAAAUGCAGAUGCCUAUUCUUCUCAUGGUCGGCCCUAUUGCAAUAUAUUUGAAGGUGAAUGGGUAAGGCCGGUCAGCAAUAUCCGAGAACCAUUUUAUCCUCCAGGUAUUUGUCCUUAUAUUGGUAGACAACCCUUUGAUUGUUACAAUAACGGAAGACCUGAUGAUGCAUUUCUAAAAUUGCAAUGGAGAUGGCAAUCUCGCCCAACAAAUGCAGGAUGUAACAAUAAUUUUCCAAGUUCUCUUAAUGCAUCCGAUUUUCUGGAAAGAUUAAGAGGGAAAAAAGUAGUGUUUGCUGGGGAUUCUCUGAAUAGGAAUAUGUUUGAAUCGCUGAUUUGUAUCUUUUGGAAUGCCGUUCCAGAUAAAACAAAAGUUCAUGGACUUUCCCGGCGUUUCGGUUUCAAAAUGAGAGGCGAUAAAGCGUAUAAAUACGAGGACUACAACUAUACGGUAGGAUUUGUGUGGUCUCCUUUUCUUGUUUAUGAAACCAAUCCUAAGAAUCGAAGAAAGAAUGAGCCGGAGAGAAUGAGAUUGGAUGUAAUUGACCAACGUGCAACAUCCUUCUAUCGUGACGCUGAUCUUGUAAUUUUCGAUUCAUGGCAUUGGUGGGUUACAGAUAAAACUAAGAAUGGAUCAAAUUAUUUUCAAGAAGGCAAUUACUUGCACCCGAAAUUAGAGAUGAGAGAGGCAUACAAGAAAGCUCUUACUACUUGGAGAAAAUGGAUGGACAAGAACAUUGAUCCUAACAAGACCCAAGUUGUUUUCAGAGGAUACUCAGCUAGCCACUUCCGUGGAGGUAAAUGGAACACAGGCGGGAAAUGUAGCAGAGAAACGGAACCGAUCAUGAGUAGUGAGCCAUAUAUAGUUAAGAAUUCUCCGCAGGUGAACAUACUUGAAGACACAAUUCGUCAAAUAAAGAUGCCGGUCAUAUAUCUGAAUGUCAGCAAACUAACAUACUACAGAACCGAUGGACACCCUUCAAUUUAUGCAAAAGGGUGGAAAACGAAUGAGGAGAGGAUUGCAGCUGCAUUAAAUCGUGAGGAUUGUAGUCAUUGGUGCUUACCUGGUAUACCGGAUACAUGGAAUGAAUUGUUGUAUAUUUCUCUUAUGAUGGCCGGUAAAGGAUCAUUUGGUCGGUGAAAAUAUACACAGGACAAAAGGAAAAAUUGAUCAGUCAUGUCAAGGGGAUGAAGAAGGUUGCUAACAUAGUCCUAGGACAUCACCUGGAGAUUGGGAUUCUAUAACUACAAGAGCCUUUCAACAACCGUCAUUCGUGAGCUUUCCAGGUGAUUAAGCCAAUGUGACUCGGUAGCCAAAUUUUUUUGGGACGGACUAGCAUUGUCCUGUUUCACCUCAACAAGAAGCUUAUCCGGUCCCGAGGGCUUAACUUGUCUCAGGCCCAUAAUCUACUUAUUUUCUGAGAUCUAACACCGUUGAGAUUAUUAGUCCCACAUUAUUGAGCAAUCCAAGAUCUUGCGGUUUAUAAUUUCUUAGGACCUCUUCACUCAUUGCCAAUUGGUUUUGAGUUGGAUGCCCGUAUUCUAACA